UUCUUUCACUUUCGGAUUCUCAUGUAUGAGGAAAUUAUUCCAUCAGUGCCGACAGAUAGUUUUAUAUUUUGAUAAUAAUGUCAAAAUACAGCCUAGUUUCUCUGCUGUGAGCUUGUUUGUGUUUUUUGUUUAAGCGUAAACUCGUCUGGUCUUUAUGGAAAGUGAGAAUCUUUCUUUCUGGUUUAAUAUUUUCUGAUCGCGAUCUAAAUGAAGAGCUUGAUGUUUUUUGUUCUUCUGGGAAUACAGAGCGCGCGGGCAGCGUUUCGCUCUCUGAAGUAUUUCUACACUGCGUCCUCUCAAGUCAGAAACUUCCCUGAGUUUGUGGCCGUCGGGUUUGUUGAUGAUGUUCAGAUGAUCCAUUUUGACAGCGACAGCAGGAGAGUAGAGCCCAAACAGGACUGGAUGAGGAGAGUCUCAGAAGAUGAUCCACAGUAUCUGCCAAGUGAAACUGACAGUUUAAUCGGUGCCCACAAGCUUUUCAUAGCCAACAUUGAAACAGCAAAGAAACGCUUCAACCGAACAGAAGGUGUUCAUAUUUACCAGUGGAUGUAUGGCUGUGAUUGGGAUGAUGACACUGGACAGGUUGAAGGUUAUGACCAGCAUGGUUAUGAUGGAGAAGACUUUGUAGCUCUAGACCUGAAGACAGAAUCAUGGAUCGCUGCAGCACCACAGGCUGUCAUCACCAAACACAAGCUGGACAGUAACAAAGCUUUGAUAGCACAGAAGAAGAAUUACCUCCACCACAUUUGUCCUGAGUGGCUGAAGAAGUACGUGAACUAUGGGAGGAGCUCUCUGAUGAGAACAGUUCAUCCUUCAGUAUCUUUCCUCCAGAAGACUUCCUCCUCUCCAGUCACCUGCCAUGCUACUGGUUUCUAUCCCAAAAGAGCUGAACUCUUCUGGAGGAAAGAUGGAGCGGAGAUUCAUGAGGGGGUGAACAAAGGACAGAUCCUCCCCAACAAUGAUGGAACCUUCCAGAUGAGUGUCAACUUGGAUCUUUCAUUGGUUGGAACUAAAGACUGGACAAAGUAUGAAUGUGUGUUUCAGCUUUCUGGAGCACAAGACAUCGUCCAUCCACUGGAGAAAACAAAAAUCAAGACCAAUUACCCAAAUUCCAACAUCAUGAUCAUCCCCAUCAUUGUUGCUGUGGUUGUUCUUUCUGUCAUUGCUGUGAUCGGAUUCAUUCUUUACAAAAAGAAGAACGCAAAGCGUCCUCCGUGUCCUGUUGACAGCACUGAGGUCCCUGACCAAAUGAUCCAGUUGAAAUAUUUAUGAAUUUAUAUGAAGCUGAUGAAUAAAGUUUGCUUUGAAACAAGAAGCAGCAUCACCACCUUCACCAUCACCUCGAUGAUAUAAGUCUGUAUUUGUGUAAUUAUUUGAUAUAAGCAUCUGGAAUGUUGUUAGAAGAGUAAAAGUAGAAUAACGAGUAUUUCUAUGUGAUCUGAUAGUUAAUAGUGAAAUCUCCUCGGUGAGACGUUUAAAUGUUCGUUAACAACAUGAACAACUUUUCCUCCCUGGAGAGACGUAAACAUGUUGAAGUGAAGCUCAGAACAAUGAAAACAUCACAAACUCCUCAAACAAUAAAAGCAAUUAACUAAAAAUCCACUAAACCUUCUAAUUCUUUGUUUCUGGUGUCUGGGUUUUCUUAAUCAGUCAUAAAUAUUGCUCUUAUAAAAUAAUUUUACCUUGAUUUUUAGUAAUAAGCAGA